UCUAUCAUCUUAUGCUUUUAGGUAUGGUUCCUUGGAGAAAAUGCAAAUUAUGCUGCUUCUGAAUAUGCUUGGGAAUCGUCUACUCCACCUGGUACUGCACUAAUGAUGUUAGAUGCCGAUAAAAUGGUUGCUGCUGCUAGUUCUCGUAAUCCUACUCUAGCUAGUGCUUUGACUAGGCUACAGAGGUGUGCAUUUAAUGGCAGCUGGGAGAUUCGAAUUAUUGCUGCUCAGGCUCUUACAACAAUGGCAAUCAGAUCUGGUGAACCUUUCAGGUUACAGAUUUAUGAGUUUCUGCACACUUUGGCACAAGGUGGUCUGCAGUCACAGUUCUCAGACAUACAUCUCAGCAAUGGAGAAGAUCAAGGAGCUAGCGGUACAGGCCUUGGAGUUUUAUUAAGUCCAAUGAUAAAAGUGUUGGAUGAGAUGUACAGAGCGCAAGAUGAUUUGAUCAAGGAAAUACGCAAUCAUGACAAUGCUAAGAAAGAAUGGACUGAUGAUGAAUUGAAGAAACUAUAUGAAACCCACGAAAGGCUACUGGACCUUGUUUCAUUGUUUUGCUAUGUUCCAAGAACAAAGUAUCUUCCUUUGGAUAUUUUUAUUAUUCCACCAUUACCCUUUUUUAAACCUAUCAAAAAAUCCUAA